AUGAAGAUCUCCGAACACAAGUCACAGAGCGCCAAUUUCGCCAGCCCCAACCACGGCAACAGUCGUAGCAACAGUGACAAGCACACUCUUCUACCCGCUCACCUUACUUGGAGCGUCAUCUAUGAUGAGAUGCACAAGUUUGUUGAGCCAGGACUCAUGGUUCGCGAGUUGGCCCGUUCGACAAAGCGAAACAUGCUCUGA